AUGGCACAGCCGAACAAGGAGCCGUGCAAGAAGGAGGCGUGCGACAUCCAGGCCUGCCUCUCCAAGAACAUGUUCGACUCUAGGGAAGUGUGUGAGAGUUAUUCAGUUACUUCAGUCAUGCUGAUGACUCGUAGGGGCAUCAGUAAUGCAGACAUCCUCAACCUGCAGAAUGAUGCUCUGGUCGCUGAGUUGUUUGGUACUGAGUUGAACAGCAUAGAUGUUUGUUAA